AUGAACCCUGCAGACACAACUGGAGUGGUCAUACAUGACUGUAAAGGGAAAGAGGCAGCCCAAAAGAAAAAGCAGUUUCCCACUUCAGCUUGGAAAUUUAUGCCGAUGCCUCGAUUUUCAAGAUCGAGUAGCUCAGCCCAAGCCACUUCUGGUCUGGCUUUGAAGCUGAAGAUGCAGGCACAAGUCCGCAAGGAGCCCGAGGCCAUACCUACAGCCCUAUGA